AUGUUGAGCAUAAUUGCCUUCUUUGGGGUCUUAGGCAACAUCACCACCGGCCUAGUUUACCUUUCUCCGGCGAAAACGUUUUGGAGAAUUGCAAGGAAUAGAUCAACUGAAGAGUUUGAAAGCAUUCCUUACGUUUUCAAGUUACUUAAUGCAUACCAAUGGGUCUACUAUGGCAUCAUCAAGCCGAACAGCUUGCUUGUCGCGACGAUUAAUGGUUUUGGUGCUGUGGUUGAGCUUCUUUUCAUUCUGAUAUUUCUAAUGUUUGCAUCUUCUCAGAGAAUGAGAGUUAGGACUGCCAUACUAUUUGGAGUUCUGGAUUUGGUGUUUCCUGCAGUAUCAUUCUUGCUCAUGCAGUUGAUGUUACAUGGACAGUUAAGAAUUGAUAUUUCUGGGCUGUUCUGUGUUGUCUUCAGUAUGAUUACAUAUGGUUCACCUCUUUCAGCUAUGAAAACAGUGGCAGUAACAAAGAGUGUUGAGUACAUGCCAUUCUUGCUCUCGUUUUUUCUUUUCAUAAAUGGUGGAGUUUGGACCGUCUAUGCCUUUCUGACAAAAGACUAUUUUAUUGGAAUACCAAAUGGGACUGGAUUCCUUCUGGGGACAGCGCAAUUGAUUUUAUAUGCUAUAUAUAUGAAGCCUAAGCCAUCCAAGAAAAUAUCUGAUAAUUUGGAAGAUGGAUGGAAACACGAGCCUCUUAUCCCAGCUUCCAAUUUGGUUUCAUAA